AACGUGACCUUCUUGACGACAGCAUACCCGUCGCACCAUCCUGGCGUCCCCGUUCAACACCACAAAGAAAAACAAUGAUUUGCAGAACAUGCCUGCGGCGGGCCUCGGCUCUGCCUCGACUCCCAGCCCCAAGGGCUGCCGCCGCCGUCCUCGCCAUCAGACCCUUCUCCCUCUCCGCGUCCUCAAGAAAGGCAGCGGCGGCGGCAGCGGCCGACAGCGGGACUCAGACGAAAGCGGCAGACGCCCCUCCGAACCUUUCAAACCUCAAGAACGACGUACCCCCGCCGCCCAAGUCCAUCUCCUCGUGCCCCCCCGGCACCGUUCUCAACGGCCUGAACUACUUCAAGGCCCGGACGGACCCGGUCGCCCUUCGCGACGAGGAGUACCCUGAAUGGCUGUGGACAGUCCUAGAGUCCAAGAAGGAGGCCGUCGAGACCGCCGAUGAUCUCGCCGCCGAAAUGUUCUCCAAGUCCAAGAAGCAGCGCAAGGCCGCCGCCAAGCGUCAAAAGGCCCUCGAGGCCAAGCUCGUCGCCGAAGGCGACAUCGAGGCUCUCGCGCCCAAGGUCCCGCUGCCGCAGCAGUCCAUCAACCUGCCCGGUGAGAAGGGCGGCGACGUUGAGCACAACCUGUACGCGGCGACCAAGAGAGACGAGCUGCGCAAGGCAAUGCGCAAGGAGCGCAAGGCCAAGAUCAAGGAGUCCAACUACCUCAAGUCCAUGUAAGGAGGCCGAACGUAGUAUCGCGCAGUGGGUGCUGCGGCGGUUCGUGCUGCCACCGCCGGCCGUCGCAGCGUGCCUGGAACGGAGUUGUGUGUAUAAUAGGGAGUCAAGAGAAAAAGGUGGCUCUUGUACAAUAUCUACCGUCGGCGCCGCCGGCUUGUCGUAUCAUCACCGAAAACAUCACACCUAGAAAAAUAACAAGAGACGGUUUUGGCAAACG